UAGUCCAACUUUUGAGCCGAACGGUGCUUCAGUGUCGUCUCCUGCCGACUGCUCCGUGAUUAAGUGUUACCGGUGUUACCGCAGAUGAAAUUCUAACCUCAAACAACAGACAACCGUGCAAAACAGUCGCUUACUCAACUAUGCCAUAAUUAGUACGGCACGUUUCAACUAUUGCUACAAAAGUUUAAAUAAUGUUUAAGCUAGUCAGAAAUUAUUCAAAAUUAUCUUCUCCAAAAGUUCGGCAAAAAUUGACAGCAACGAAAACAAAAUCUCCAAACCCACCACCAAACGAAUUGCCAGUAUUUCAAUAUCCAGUAAGUCAGAGUAGCGACCGCAGGGUGUACGUUUGGGGCCUUGCUGGUCAUGGAGCCUUGGGACUUCAACCGCCGAUCGCGAAGCGCAAGAAGUUCUUAUUUUAUCACAAACCGAACAGACUUCGAUUUGCAGAACAGCAUCGAGUGAUAGAUAUCGAAUCUGGUUAUGGGUUUACGGUCUUUGCCGUUGACUCGAAAGAUGGAAACAUCCUUUGGGGAAAUGGAAUUAACACAGAUUCUCAAUUGGGAUAUGAUGAAGCAGCAAAGGAUCCUCAAAAUGUUGUUCCACUCCCAAAGCCGAUACAUCUGCCAUUAAAAAAUCCGUCCAGUCAAGUAACUGGACUUGCUGCUGGUCGUGCACAUUUGUUAGUUCUAACAACCGAAGGCCUGUUUACACUUGGAAAUAAUGGUUAUGGUCAAUGUGGACGACCAAUAAUUGUCGAUGAAGAUUACACAAACAAUACAAUAGUUCAUCAUAUACCAGACAUCAAAGGAGAGCGCAUAAAAUCUGUAACAGCAGGCCAAGAUCACAGUAUUCUUUUAAGCGAGUCAGGCCAAGUUUAUACAUUUGGAUGGGGUGCAGAUGGCCAAACUGGUCUUGCACAUUACAGAAAUGAGUACAAACCGAGCUUAGUGAAAGGAGACUUGGCUGGUGAAAAUAUUGUCAAAGUUGCCUGUAUGGCAGACUGUGUCUUGGCGCUUAGCGAUAAAGGCACAGUAUUCGGAUGGGGUAAUUCGGAAUAUGGACAGUUGCCAUCUUUGGUUGAUAAUCACCAAAUAAACAUUGCAACAGAAAUCCAAGAGUGUCGAUCCCUGGGACACGUUGUAGACAUUGCUGCAGGCGGAAGCUUUUGCAUGGUUUUAAACAGUGAUGGCAACGUUUUUGUAUGGGGAUAUGGAAUUCUUGGAGUUGGUCCUGCUGUACAAAGAGCAAAAGAACCUACAAUGAUUCCGGCUACUCUGUUUGGUUUUAACGCGUAUAGCCGUAAUAAUCGGGUUUCUCAAAUAUACUGCGGUAUAAGUCAACUGGCGGCAGUGACUGAUAAUGGAGACCUUUAUAUGUGGGGAUGCAACAAAUUUGGAUCUUUAGGACUUGGGAAUAUCGACGAUCAGUUCUUUCCAUUGAAAGUAGCAGUAGGUGCUCAAGUAAAAAAAGUUUCUUGCGGCGUCGAUCAUACAGUCACAUUAUGUAAACCUUAUAUAUAAAGCAGUGUUUACCCAACGAACAAAAUAUAUUUUUACGUAUUGUCGCAAGGUGUGUAUGAAUAUUAAGAGUUGAACCUCGAUAAUGAUACCGGUAUUUGCCAAUUGUAGGAUUGUAAAAAGUAAUGUCUAUUUAAAAGAAGGAAAUAAUUCAUUAUUUCCGGAGAGCUAAUACAGACUUAACUCGUACUAGAGCUUCGCGAUUAAUCGAUUAACCGCAGAUUUGAACUCAUUUUUUAUCCAAUUCGUCGAUUAAUCCAAAAAAAGAAAAAAUCAAUUUCAAUAAACAAAUGGCCGAUUAAUCGAAAAUCGAUUAAUUGAAAGGGUUGAUUACUUGAUUAAUCGGGAAAACUCUAAUCGAUGUUUCUAAUGAAUCCAUUAAUAGGGAAAAUGAUUAGUUGAGAAUGCUAAACAAUCGAUUAUUCAGAAAAACAAUCAAUGAAAAGAGUCAAUCAAUC